AGAAAAAGAGAUACACUUUCCUGAAGUCACACACAUACAAUUCGACUUUGUAUACUGCGUCGUUGCGUUGAUUGAUCAAAAAGGUAAACGGAGAACAAUAAUCGAAAGAACUUGUGCCUUACAAAGACAGGAUUUGGGGACUAUUUUGGGAAAACUGUAAGUAUUACAUCGGCCGCAUAGGGUUUGCUGUAAGUGGAAAGAUUUUCAUCGUUUUCUGUGCCGCCAGCUCUCCCAUCUCCAAGUUGAGAUCUUGCCUGCAGGCUAUCAAACAACGAAAUUUUUAAACUUGAUAUAUUCUUUAGACUCGUUUUGCGGAUCUGUUCUCCUUUGCGGUCAGGAAAACAAUACUUAACUUGCACGUACUCUGUUUUUUCAGUGUCCGCGGGAUCUCUGUCACUUCCUGUCUGGUUGAAUAUUCGAUCAUGGAUAACGCAGUCAACGAAGGCUAGGAUAAGCUCAAGCGUUUAGGAUUUUUCCACUGUUAGUUAGUCAUCUUCCAUCUCUCGCGUUAAUUAUCAAAGAACAUUGAGAGCCCCCUAGCGUAUUUUAAAUGGUCUGAUCACCAUGAUUCCGGAUUUCUUCUGUCGUGGGUGGAAUGCAGUUCGAGUUAGAUUCUGGAGUAUUGGUUACAAGAAACGCAUCGUACUUCAAGGCGGUAUUGUCAUUUGCAUCGCGCUGGCGUUAUUUUUGGUUUGGACUUCACUAUUCGCGGAUUUAGCCGACCUGGACAUAACACAAAAACUGGAGGGAAAUGGUAGCACAAUUUGGGAUAAAUGGGUUGAGGAGAGAGGUCUAAAAUCUAUCGGAGAUAUCUGGGAUGGCUGUGGUGAGCAUUUUAAUAUAAUUUCAUACCCUUUGACCUUGUAGAAUUAUCGCGAAAGGACAAACAGAAAAAAUAUUGGAAAUCCUCACUUGAGAAGAAAGAAAAUUAAAAGUUGCUGAUUCUAGUGUAGCAGGGAAACUAUUUAGUUUCAUUUGAAUGAUCACCGUUUAGGAUUUUAUCUAUGUUAUUGUAGGUUAUAUAAUCCGUUUUAUCCAAACCCUUCCCGAUUAAUUAACUGUUGAAAUUUUGUUAAUUCGGAGAAAAAAAACGCAGAUUUUGGUCUUUUCUAUGAGUCGAAAGGUUUUUAAAGAAACCUUUUGGUUGGAAGCUAUACAAUUAAAUAUUAGAUGUAAAAAUGUUUACUACGGUCACAGCAUGUGAGUGUUCUUCCUUUCAUCAUUGUUUCAUGUUUUUGCUCGACAAGAACAAAAAAUUAAGAACUCGAGGAAAAAGGAACGUCUGUAUUAAAUGCAGCUAUUAGUAGAGCCUUACCUGUUUAUUGAUUAAUAUUCAUCGCAGAUCUCGGAAGUUUCAUUUUUAUGGUUUUCAACUCUAGACUCGCGGGGAAUUUAUUAUAAAAUACCCGUGACAUGAACAACCUUUGCCCUUCAAAACUUUAGGUUGAGUGUUGACGUGAAAAGUAUCACCCGGUGCGUUUCCUGUAGGCACGCCAUUUGUUUAAAGUGAAAAAUCCAUUGAACAGGUUAUACUUCUGGUUAUCUCUAUGUUCUUGUUUAAGUGCUAGAAACCUGUGAUUUCUUCCCUGAAGAACAAUUUCCUGUUUUGCUGUAAACCUUACAAAAAGGUCAAUGUCAGAUUAUGGGUGGUUAAAAUUUAAAAUAAUAAUUAUGAUGAACGAAAAACAGCAUGCAUUCUACCGAACAAACUUAGAUAGAGUUUCGUCACGCAAUCGUCAUUCUCCUCCUGGAAAAGCGUUGCGUGACGAGGAGACAACGCGAUACAACCAUUAGCACAGCUCAUGUUAUCAGUGGUGGAUCCAGGGGAGGGCCUGGGCCCCCCUUAUUUUCAGACGAAACUGAGGCCCCAACGGCCGAAAAAAAUUUUUGAAACCGGGCUUCCCCCAACCCCCUUAUCUCAGGGAGUGGAUGACCGGGCCCCCCUAUCUGAGGGUCUGGAUCCGCCGCUGGUAAUACAGGUAAAGUUGAAGGUUGAGCUCACUUUAAAUUAAAGAGGCAGUAGAGCGCUUUUUUUUUUUGAUGAAAAAAACCAUUAUGAUUGUAUAAAAUUUGAAGGAUUCUUCCUAGCGUGGGUAGACUGCAAACAGUCAGCGCGAACAGUCAAACUAAAGGUCUUGAGCGAGGCUGAAAAUGGGAAGAGACUUUUUUUUUCUCACGCCUCAACGGGCGUGUGAGGCUCGCACGCUUCUCGCGCGUGAGACUCUUAGGCUACUUACGCUGCCUAAUAGCUGAUUUUAAGAAAAAAAAGGACUGUUUUGCGGCACAGCCAAAGACGUGAUGGGUAAGCUCUCUUUUGUAAAAGUUGCAAUGUAUUGAGACGUGUUGACAAUAUUUAAACAACUUAGAUUUAAACUAGUUUACUUUGACUUGCAGAUCCCAGUAAACCCAGAAAAAAGAUAGGAAAAGUGGUGAUUCAUUAUGACUCAAAACUGAAGCGUGUAAUCGCGACAGCUGUAUCAAAUUUUACAGCAAGUAAGUAGUUAGCCUGUGCCAGGCUCUCAGAUAGUAUAGUGGAGACGUAUUUGAAACGAGCAGAGCGAAAAUUAGACGCGCGAGUUCUGGGAAAGGGGUUUUUGGCAUCUCUUUUUACUGAACGACUUCACCACUAUCUUGGAGAAUCCUUCGUUUGCUCGUUUCAAAUACGUGUCCACAAUUUUAUCUGAGAGCCUUGCACAGGCUAGUAAGUCGUGUUCAUCCCCCUCCAAUUUCUUCACCCCUUUUUAAUCUAUUAUGCAAUUAGCCUGUGUGCAGACGCCUCGUAAUGACAUUUUGUUGCACGCGGAAUUUGGGCUUGCCGGGAUUCGAACCCGACCUCUGUGACACCGGUGCAGCGCUCGAUAACCAAUUGAACUAGCAAGUCAGUAGGGAGCUGGUCAUGCAUUAACUUGGCUCCCAGUUUACUUGCUAGCAUAGGUUGAGCAGUCAAACUCCGCUUUAAGGACACACGCUUAGUACAGACACCUCAUUAUUACCGACAGUUUUCCAUGUCCCUGGUGAAAGUAAGCCCUCACAUUUUCUUUAAAUUCAACCCGAUUAAGACAGACACCCCGAUAAUACGGACACUUUGUAUGGCCCCCUUCGGAGUCCUUAUUAACGGGCUUUGACUGUAGGGAAGCGCUGCACCGCUGCAUCGCAGAGUGCCCUUUUGUUUUGAGGCUUUCUUGUCGCAAUUGAAGUUGCGUCUUUAACUGUGAUGAUCUUAUUUGUAACUGUAUUUGUGAAUUUUUCUUAUUUUCUUACAGAAGUUUCACUUCAUGGUGGAGCAGUACAUAUACUGGCCAAGUUCAGAGGCCAUACUCUGUAUGAUGUUGAACACGACAUAUGUAAAUUGGAUGCAGAAUCAUUUUCUUGUCCCAUGCACAAAGGUAUAUUUACUGUCUUGCCGUCAGUAAUCCUUUUUGAUUAACAGUAGAGACUCAUAUUAAGUAAGUAGAAUGUGAUCGUCCGUGAGAGUGAGUAACUAGAAUGUGAUCGUCCGUGUGAAUAAGUGACAACCCCCAGAUAGAAAGAUAGCAAGCUAUCAACAGUUGACGUCCAUCACGCCUGUUUGUGCAAAACUCUUGUUUACCAUUCACGUGGACAAACUGGUCGGUUCACGGUUUGGUUAAAUGGUACGCAAAAUUCAGGACUGGUAAAUUUCGUCCCGGAAUCGCGUUUACCAUUUGCAUAAAUCAGUUCCAUUUACCGAAAAACAGCCGCCGGCCGCGAAAGCCUGAAAAUGGUAUUAAAAAUGGCUUUGAAGAAAUGGAACAGGAAUUUCCGUUUGGAACAUUUCAAACGGGAAAAAAGGACUAGUCUACCUUUUUAGACGUUCCGUUGCUCCUGGAAAUUUUCCCACUGUAACGACCUGAAAAGUCGUGCUACAUUUACUUUAUAACUGGAUUUUCCGGAAACUGUUUGUAAAUGAUAAACGACCAACUUUUUGCCGUCGUUUCACGACUACGACGUCAAACUAAACGCGACAAUGUUUAAAAAAAUAGAAUGAAUUCAAUUAUGUUAUUCAAUGACUUUUUCUAUAACGGCGCCGUCGUUGUUGCUGAUUAAAAGCUUCCUACUAUCUUUCUAAAAAUUCCGUUUUGGUCAGGAGGGAAACUUUCUGAAACUUUCGUCCCUCGGUUCUCGCGACCUCAUCGAUCAAAGAAGUCGACUUGUGUUCAAGUCCAUUUGAGACGUAUAUGUGUAUUUUAGCUGCUUAACCGACCUUGCCCAGUUAUAAGAAAAAGCCUCAGUAAAGAAUACCUCAAGAAUGGCAAAUACCAUCUCUAUCUCUCUCAUCUCAAAUAUUCGUUUUAUGGCGAGGUCCUUCCUAUAGAUUCAUAAGGAGGUCUCCGGUGUUCCUUUUUUCCAAAAAGGGAGAUCACUGUAACUAGGUGUUGAGAGUUGACAGUUUUAGCAGUGUAUAAUUGAGGUAUCUCACGAUCAAUGGUUUUUUAUUAUUUCAGGUCAAAAGGUGUACGUACAUGAAGCAAUCAAACUUCCAAAAAUGAUUCCAAGGGUAACAAAACAUUAUUUUAUAUAUUAAGUUCAUUUUAGACUGUGAAAUGCAAAGGAAAAGCAGUUUACACAGCAGCAAAAUGUAACCAAACAAAAACAGAGAUAUAUUUGGCCAUCCAUUCUUCUUUGUUAUUUAUUUUUCUAUUGAGGCGCUAACCUGAGAAAAAAGCCGACAUUUUACGACGCCACCACUGCUUUUCCACGAAAUGACGUUUAAGGAACGACUGCAGAAGUUCCAUCCUGAUGAGGUGUCACUAUCCAGGUCUGGGUAUUGCUUCUUAUUGGUUGCAAAUGCUUCAACCAAGAAGCACUACCCAGAUCUAGCACGUACGUCAUCAGUGUGGAAUUUCUGCGCUCGCACCAUAGGCCCUAGCCCGUUCCAGGCUCUCAGAUAGUGGGGAGGACGCGAAAGAAAAAGGAACGCGAAAAGUUGUCGGGGAGGGAAAAAGGAAAAAGGAAGGGAGAGAGAGCUGCUCUCCCCAGUUUCCUCCCGUUAUAUUGUUUGCGCUUUCUCAAUUCCGCGGACCUGACAAUCUCGGAGCCUGGAACAGGCUACAUAGGCCCCGUCCACGCUUAUCCGGAUAUUUUUGAAUCCGUAACUUUUUCUUUCCAGAUACUAAAAUCUCCGCGGCCACACAUAUCCGGAUAUUUUUGAAUCCGCAAAUUUUUGUUUGCUCGAACUGUCUUAAAUAUUCACGGUAAAGAACUGGGCUCUAUCUUAUGAUGUCAGUAGAUACAAAAAAUAUCCGGAUUUAGCGUGCACCCAUUCCCGGAUACAUAGCGGAUUCAAAAAUUUCUUCCACUCUGGAGAGCGGAUUCAAAAAGUUGCGGAUCGUUUCUUCUGCCGGAUACACCGGAUUCGUGUGUACGGUAGCCGUAUCCGGAAAGAAAAAGUUGCGCACUCAAAAAUAUCCGGAUUAGACGAGAUGGAAACUGGGUCGAGUUAACUUUCGCAAAGACUACUGGGACGGUUACCAGGGACAGGGGAAAAACACUGGCCAAUAGCUGACCGGCGCGCCACCAGUGACAAUCCCAGAAAUAAUUGCGCGCCGCAUCUCGGCUCCAGUUCCCUCUUUGUUUCUAAAGUGGCGAGUUUCGAGGGGAAACCAGUGAUGGCUUAGCCUCCCCGCAUACGUCCUUUGGGGUUCGUUCGUCACGCAUUCAUUUCUCCCCCACGGACGUGGGGGUGAAAUGAAUGCGUGACGAACGAACCCCAAAGGAUAUCUGCGGGGAGGCUAGUGAUGGCUUCACGAGAUUUCGGCCGUUUUCUCAGGCUAGUCAGGCGUUAAACUGAUGGAUGAUUACUUGCUGUAGUUUUUUCAUGUUACUGCAUUUCUGAAAUGGAAUAUUUCCUCAAAGGCUAUAAAGUUGUUUGAAAAAUACAGGAUUGUUCUUUCCUUUUAGGGUGAAUACUAUGCUUCUGCCAAGCUGUUAAAUGAGAAAGAGGAAUGCCUUGGAAUGACAGAAUCCGACAUCAUACUAUAAUUAGAGUUAAUAACAAUAUCAUAUUAAUAUUAAUUUAAUAUUAGAUUUGUAUUCCAAAAGGUACAUUCCUUGGAUAUAACUUAAAGCUUUUUUUAAUGCAAUUCAAGUUCGUUUAUCUAAUAGAGCGUUUUCACCUGACGUCACGGCGGCAAUAUCGGUGUUCCAAACCAAUCCUGUGGGAGUUGAACUCUUUUCUUAUGUAACUUUCUUUUGUUACAACAAAUUUGCAAAAAUCCUGGCCAAGUGAGUGAUAACGCUCUUCUCUAUAGAGAGAAGUGUGACGUCACGUUACCAUGGUAGCAUAACGGCAGAAAAGCAAUAGGUUUGGAUAAGCAAAACAAUAACUUUGCACGUGCAUUACGCCUUUUUGUACAUUUCAUAGCCCUCUUUAUGGAGUAAGUGAACACAACACAAAAAUUUUGUUUUUCUUAACUUAGGUAUGGUCCUUUCUGUUUCAACUCCGGAAAAUUUUGCCAACAUUUGACAAAUUCAAUAAAAUUGAAUAAGGUCCAUGAAGAUAUUAUUGGUGUUCCUAGACAAUGAAACGUCGGCUAUGUUGGAGUCCCUGUGAGCCUUUUUCUUACUUGCGUAGCUGCUGGCCACGUUGAUGAAAACGCUCUAAAGUAAGAGGCUUACCUAGCCUGUUCUAGGAUGUUAAGAUAGAAGGAAGGGCAAGAAGAGGUGAGUCAGGGUCGGCCAGAGGGUAAUGGUAUACCAAUAUACCUUCUAGAAAUUGGCCUAAAUACUUAUUGCCAAAUGUUAUUUCUUUUAAUAAUAUACCUUAAGCUGAAAGAAGGUUGACAUAUUCCAUACGUAGAAUUAUUAAUAAUUUCAACCAAAGGAAAACAUACACUUCAUGAAAAGAGAACCCGGUAUACAAUAUAACCAAACACCAUGGCUGACCUCAGGCAAGUAAAAUACAGUUAGGGAACUGACGACUGCCUUUGUUUGUUUGCUCCCAUGGAGCUUUAAGACAUUACUCAUAGAAAUUAUUGUGGUAGCCUGUUCCAGGCUCUCAGUUAGUAGAGAUGACGCGUAAUUAAAAGGCACGUGAAAAAACGUUAAAACGUGAAAACGUGAUCUGGGAAAAGGGGGUGCCGCCUUUCCUCUCCCUAGUUUCUUCCCGUCGUAUUUUGUGUUCGCACGGACCCGACUAUCUCGGAGCCUGGAACAAGCUAACAUUGUAGGCUCUUGUAAUUGUGUGUAGUUUGGGUGAGCAGCCGGCAACAUAUUGACUAUUUUUCGAAUCCCUUAUAAUACACUCUCUUUGCCCCCCAUAUAUUGCAUAAGUUGUUGUCUUCAAAUGCUCUUGGGAAAAUUCAGUUCUCCUAGGAGUAUUUGAAAAACA